CUCUUCCAACAUGCCUCGCAAGUUCAUCUCCAAGGGCAUUCAUCAGACAGACUGCACUUCACUGGAGGAAGCCUUCAACUACAGGGUGGAGACCAAGCGCUGCAUAAGAGCAGCAUGCAAUCGUUUUGGCGUGAAGGUCAUGAUCUUACAGAUGCAUUCAAGCGGUCAAGGAUAAUAUCCGAUGGUUCUACCUUCGUCCCAUUGAAGAAUGCCAAGAAAUUGUUGACAAAGACACAGGAGAAGCACCUCUCAACAUACAUAAUCAAGAUCGCGAAAACAUUAUGUGGCCUGCCUAGAACUGAAUUCAGGAAGCUUGCCUACAGGUAUGCAGUGGCCUGCAAUUCGCAAGCAAUUCCUGAAGCCAGAUAGAGGGGCCAUUCAGCAACCCAUAACUGGUACUAGGCCUUCAUGGAGUGGCAUCAAGAACUGACACUGAAGUCGCCAGAGGGGUUGUCAAUUGCGAGAGCCAUUGCUUUCAACAGGACAUCAGUGAAGGCUUUCUUCGAUGCUUAUACUUCUGCCAUGGAAAAGUAUUCGUUUACACCUGAUAGCAUAUUUAACCUUGUCGAGAGCAGCCUGUCAGCCAUCAUGAAGCCCAUGAAGGUUGUGUGUGAGAAGGGCCAACCUGUAGCUUCGCAGAUCUCACGUGAACUUUUGUGGGGACUGUAAAUGCUGCUGGACAUUACCUUCGCAAUAUUCAUAAUUCCAAGAAAUCAAUGGAAUAAUGCUUUCAUGAAGAAUACCAUUGAUGGUGCUAAGGGUAUCUAUCCUACAUCAGAAUGAAUGGAUGAACGAGGACUUUUCUGGAUACCCUCAAACAUGUGCAGGCCAAGACAUUCUGCUCCCCAGUCAACAAGAUCCUCCUCAUUCUGGAUAAUGCAGUGUCACAUGACACUACAUACCACUGAAUAUGCCAUCAGCAUUGUUAUAAUCACUCUGCCUCUACACACCAAUGAUAAGCUGCAGUCCCUUGACAUCAGUAUUUUUGCCCCUUUCAAGUCCUGCCUGAGAACUAUCGUCACUGACUACACCUUGAUGUACCCCCACACGCACAUCACAGAGCACAUGCUGCCAGAAUUUGCCUUCAAGGCAUGGAUCAAGGCAUACACACCCACCAACGUUCUCAGUGGUUUUUCAGCCACUGGUAUCUGGUCUAUAAGCGAUGAUAUCUUCACUGACGAGGCAUUCUUGGGAGCAAAAGUCAGCGAGAGAACAGCACUGUCAGUGGAUGAGGCAAUUAGGGAUGCACCUCAUGAGGAUGAGGGAGGGUAUUCAACAACUUGUUCUUCAAUAAAUUCGGAUGAUCCUGCUUUGGAGGCAACACCUGGUAGGCAGCACUCUGAAGCCAUGCCAUUGCAGUUAGCAACUCCAUUUCCAGCUCCAACUCCAACCACAAGCACAGCUCCAUCCUAUUCCAAAGCAGGCCUGGAUUUCAUUCCAGAGGCCAUUCGAUCUUUUUCCCAAGGCACCUGGACAACCACCUGGAAGGAGAGGGAAGAAGGAUCGUAUUGCAUUGUGACUGAGAAUGAAGAGGCCAUCUCAGAUCUCCGUGAUAAAGCUGGGAGGAACAUGAAGUCAGAAGAGCAGGGUAAUAAUAAGAAGAGGGCAAAAUAAGUGAAGGUGGCUGCCAUCCCAGAGAGCUCAGAUGAGGAGGACACUGGAGUUACCCUGGAGCUGAACGGCUCCGAAUACUCAGUUGAGGUUCAAGAAGAGGAAGUAAGCCUAUCUACACCUUCACCUUUCCAGCAGAGAGAUCCAGCCAAGGGAGACUAUGUUUUGGUAGAGAUGGAGAUAGAGGAAGGCUGAAAUGUUGGUGCAAGAGUUUAUUAUGUUAGCAGAGUGCUCAAUAUUUAGGAAAGUGGAGCAUACAGCAUUUAACUUUUGCGAAUCAGUGACACAUCUGAGAUGAAGGACACCUUCCACUUCCCAAAUAAUGAGGAUAAAAGAGCUGUGAGCAGGAAAAUAUAAUAAGGAUGCUGUUUGAAUCUGCUAAAGGUCAAACUAAAAGACUUGCACGAAUUGUAAAGUUCAAUGUGCCUUUACUAGAGUACAACAUGAGGUAAAUGGCAAGUUCGCAGGUGAAGGACAUUUUCCAUUCCCCCAGUAUUGAGGCAAAUGUGCUGUGAGCAGGAAAUAUAUAAAUCUGCUAAGCUCAAAUCCAAAGACUUGCAUGAAUCAUAAAGUUCAUAUUUAUAUUCAUAUUUAUAAGAGUACAUGAAGAGAUUUUGUAUGGAGAUUC